GGCUUCUGGAAACAAACGCGGAAGUGAAGAGGAGGUGUUGUGAAUUUUACCUUUCCAAUCAAUAGCUGUUGCUCCUCUGCUGUUAUUAUCCCUACUUGUUACACUAAAACCCCUUAUCUUGUUACCUGACACCUCUCACAUCCAAUAUUUAUCGUAAAUUGUUCAAAUUAUCAGUCUAUCGAUGACUCACACUGUACCAUGACGUCGGAGACCGAUGUUGCACAACUUCUUGACAUCAUUUGUCUAUAAAUGGCGGAGUCAGAGAGCAACAACAUCGUUGUAUAGGAACACAAAUUUAUACCAGACAUCGCCGAACAGCCCUGAGAAGAUUUGCAUUGUUUAAAUUUUGGACCGGCCCUGAUCCCUCAUCAACUGUAACCAUAAAAUUCAAUUAAACAAUACCAUACGGCAGUCGCUAUGAGUUCAGAACCUUCCCUCAUUUCAAGUAAGCAGUUGCUCGAGGACCUGCUGCAGGAAUUACAGGCAAACAACAAGGACCAGUCUGUGCGCGAGGCACGGGACAGUCUGAACAAGUCACUGGGACUGGACGGGUGUGGACCUGGGUUGAGUGCUGAGGAACAAAGACUACAGGCUGACAGAUGGCUGUCCUGGGCUCGCCAGAAGCACCAGCUCAAGGUUAUAACAGCAGCUGUUCCCCAGCUGGGGAUUUCACCUCAUCUCAGGACAGCAGAGCUGCAUGACGUCAGGGUGUUCACCAGGCAUGGUCCUGAUGAUGCUGUGUAUGAUUCCAACAAGGAUUUAAGAGAGAAGGUUGCUAGGGGCAACAGUUUCCUGGAGAUCCCAGCUGGUCCUGACAGGGGCACCUACUGUGUGAUCCACGCCCUGAAGAAGUUCACAGGUGGGCUGGGAGACGAUGAUGACAAGGACAGGGGAGACAACCACACAUGGAAGAGGUACUUCACCAAGCCUUUAGAGGAGGCCACUACAGUGGUGGCCACGAGGAAGGCCAAUGGAGAGGCUGCCCACCUGGGGGCCCGGCUGGUCGGUGGGAAGGUUGUCCUGUGUGGAGGGUCCAAAAAUGUCCACAUGCUGUUCACUCAAAGAAGUCAUGUAGACAAGUACAAGGAGAGCAGGUACCAGGUGGCUCGGGAGGUUUGUACAGCCAUUAUGGACCUGCUGGACGACAUGUCAGACCUGCACAGACAGAGGCUACAGAGUUUCCUGGUACACACUGGUUACACAGCAGUGUUUGAGGUGUUACAGCCACACCACCAACAUGUGGAGGACCUGUCAUACCUGAAAAGAUCAGAACUCAGGUUUAUUGCCUGGACUAGCACCGACUUGGAACCCAGGAGUAACUCCCAACUCUGCAGCAUGGCUCCACACAUGGCUAUAGAGAUAGCAAGGACCAUGGGGCUGCCCACUGUGCAAUAUGAACUGGUGCCUGCAUCAGAGGUGGAGACUCGGAUGAAGCAAAUCAGGCAGGGUUAUGGGUAUGAAGGAGAAGUCCUGUAUUUCCUUGAUGCUGAAGGAGCAGUUAUUGGCUUGCUGAAGAAGAAAACAAUAUGGUACAUUGUCAUCCGAGCCAUCAGGGAAAAAGUGCGUAAUGCAGCUCAAGCCUACACUAAGAAGAACGACUUUGACAUCAACAGGUCUGACAAAAAGCUAAAACAGCGUAUUGGUGAGAUCCAGCAGUGGCUGGGACUGGAUGAGGACAGUGUGACGGCCUGGCGGGACCUGGCACACAAGUUCCUCCACUGGGUCAUCAACAACCUGCGCUCCAGGACUGUCACCAUGGAGGAGGUGGCAGGGGUGUUCCCUGUCGUCUGGAACAGGUUUCUCACAGACACAGGCCUGUCUGAUCAUGUGACCAGCCAGUGGGAGGAGCCAGAGGGGAGCGAUGAUUGAUUGACAUUGUGUCCAAUCAUGUGACCAGACAGUGGGAGGAGCCAGAGGGCAGCGAUGAUUGAUGGACAAUUCCUUGUAACACACCUGCAUGCAACUGGUACAAUCACAGCUCACAAAGCAAUGAGUCAAUUUUCUUAACGAAUUAGUUUAGUUUCAACAAUCAUAGAAGAAAAAUUCAUCUUAUAGUAUGGAUUAGAAGAGGCCUCUUGUGAAUAUGAUCUUCAGUGGUGCACCAAAUAAACCCUAGUAUAAGUCUAUCUUAUCUUACAUUUAUCUUAUCAGAAAAGUGGUUUUACCUUAAUUUUAUGUAACUAUUGAGUCUUGUCAUUAAAGAUUGUGACUGCUAAACAUCUACUUUAAGAAAUAAUUCUAGUGCGUUAGAUCGGAUCUGUACGUAAUGUCAUCAGAUACAUUUUGUAAAUCACUACAAUCACGGAAAAACUAUUAAAUUUAUGUUGUACCCACCAUACGUUAC